GCCAAAUACAGUACCCUUCAUAGAGUAUGCGCUUCCGAAACAUCAGUUUUACUUAUUUUGUUCGAGAAUAUAACAGCGUACCGGCCAAAACGGGGUCCGGCCAUCUCCUCUCUGCACCGUCCUGUAUCAAAUCACUACGGCGACGUUAAACAUCAACAGUUCAGGCUUCCGGCGUUUCCGAAUCCGAUCCGGGAGCUACUCCGGUCCUUGGUUGAGUCUGGCAGAUCGGAUAAACUGUCACUGAGACGAUUCUGCGGUAUUUUACAGUGGUGCUUGGGUACAAGGUAGGCAAGAAUGAGUGUGAGCCACGCGUCGGUGCAUCCGGUUGAAACUCCGCCGCUUCAGACAGAGGCGGCGAAUGUUCCUAGAGUGAGGAUGAAGGACAUCCAAGGGAUGCCAGGCACGAUCAGCGGCCUCUUCCUGCGUUUCUCUCAAUUCGUCUUUGCUUCCGUCGCUCUUUCAGUCAUGGCAUCCACCAACGAUUUCUCGUCCGUCACUGCUUUCUGUUACCUUGUUGCUGCUGCUGGUCUGCAAAUCUUGUGGAGCUUUUCCCUGGGAAUACUUGAUAUUUAUGCUCUUCUCGUGGGGCGCAGUUUACAAAAUCAGCGUGUUGUUUGCUUAUUUGCUGUUGGUGAUGGGCUUAUCUCUACCCUAAUGUUUGCCGCUGCAUGUGCUUCGGCUGGUAUCACUGUGCUUAUUGGAAAUGAUCUUGGCGUCUGCUCACAAAAUCACUGCACGGAGUUUGAGACUUCCACAGCCAUGACUUUUCUUAGCUGGUUUGCAGCUUUGCCGUCUUUCCUUCUGAACUUUUGGUCUCUGGCAUCCAGGUCCAGAUAUGUGCAAAACUAAUGCAAGAAAUAUAUAUAUUUAAAUCAGGCAAUAUAUUUUUCGUUGGUUUACUUUUUUUUAAGAUCUUGCAAUCUGAAUUGCAAAAGGCUUAUAUAUUUUCGUCCCUGCAAAUAUAGUGUUUAAGUCCAUGUAAAACAAAUUGUUAUUCAUAUCUAUAUUUUAUGUUGUUUUCCUUUUAAAGUAAAACUGAUGGGAAGGCCAGAAUUGAAUUCUGUGAGUCAGUGUGCCUUUUUUUGAAAGGUUGGACGAAAAAAACCACAUAGGUUAUGGUAUGAAUAACAAAAAAAAUCUUCAGGAAGCUAAAACUAAAAGCAUUUUAUUUGGAGUUUUGCUUGGUGUACCCCAUUUUGGGAUACCCCAUUUGUACACCACCAAUUGUGUGGUUCACAAAAGCCCAAACAUUAAAUUAAUUGCCCCAUUUUAAUGAAUUGCUUUUUGUGAACCAGACAUGUAGGGGGGUUCAAAUGGCGUACCCCAAAAUGGGGUACCUCUAGUAUUUUUCUUUUAUUUGAAACUGGCAAAAACAUAUUUAAGUCAUUGCAAAACACCAUAAUACAAGUCAUGUGUAUGUACAAGCUUGGGAUUUUUGUUUUAUAUUUUUAUCAUUAUGCUGAAUGUCAUACCCUUCAAGUUAUAGCAGAGCUUCUAUAGAUCAUUGUGAUAUACAAUGUGUAAUUGGUCUUACAGUUUUGGUGAUUGGUUUUGUUGAAUGCUACCUUUGCUUCAG